UCGCCUGUCCUUUGGUGGCCCUGCCAUGGACACCGGAGCACUGCUCCUGCUGACUGGUCUGGCCUCUUGCUGUGGAUUCAACCUGGAAACUGAAAACCCUAUGAUUUUCCAGAUGGGUGGAGCUGGGUUUGGCCAGAGUUUGGUCCAGUUCCAGGGCUCAGAGCUGGUGGUGGCAGACCCUCUGAAAGGGGAAUCGGCGACGACCACAGGACAACUGUACAAGUGUGACUAUGGCACUGGGCGCUGCACUCCCAUCCCCCUGCACACCCCCACAGAGGCGGUGAACAUGUCCCUGGGUCUCUCCCUGGCUGCCAGUUCCAGCCCUUCACAGCUCCUGGCCUGCGGCCCCACGGUGCACCGAGCCUGUGGGAAUAACAUGUAUGUGAAUGGUAUCUGCUUCCUGCUGGGCUCAAACCUGCAGCUGGACCGGCGGAUCCCAGAAGCCCUGCAGGACUGCCCGAAACAAGAGAGCGAUAUUGUUUUCCUCAUCGAUGGCUCCGGCAGCAUUAACCUGAGAGACUUCGAUCGGAUGAAGCAGUUUGUCCGUACUGUGAUGCAACGAUUCCAGGGAACCAACACGCUGUUCGCCUUGAUGCAGUUCUCCGACACCUUCGAGACGCAUUUCACCUUCGCCGAAUUCAACCGUAACCCGCACCCAGAAAGUCUCGUGAAUCCGAUUUCUCGGCUGGAUGGGCUGACUUACACUGCCUCUGGCAUCAAGAAAGUGGUGGAAGAGCUCUUCCAGCAAUCACAAGGAGCCCGAAGAGAUGCCACCAAGAUCCUCAUCGUCAUCACUGAUGGGCAGAAAUAUGAAGAUCCCCUGGAAUACUCUGAUGCCAUUCCACUGGCCGAGGCUGCAGGGGUUAUCCGCUAUGCGAUCGGGGUGGGCUCUGCCUUUAGAACAAAGUCGGCCAGGAAGGAGCUGGACAGCAUCGCGUCAGAUCCGCCCCAAGACCACGUGUUCCAGGUUAACAACUUUGGGGCUCUGGAUAACAUUCAGAACCAGCUGCAGGAGAAGAUCUUUGCCAUUGAGGGAACCCAGAUGGGGAGCAGUAGUUCCUUCCAGCAUGAAAUGUCUCAGGAGGGCUUCAGUGCUCUGCUGACUCCUGAUGGGCCGGUCCUGGGAGCCGUGGGGAGCUUUGACUGGUCUGGGGGAGUCUCCCUGUACCCCCCAGGGGAAGGUUCCACUUUCAUCAACGUCUCCCAAGAGAACGGGGACAUGCAUGAUGCUUAUCUGGGUUACUCCGCUGAUGUGGCCACUCAGAGAAAUAUUCAGAGCCUGGUCCUUGGGGCCCCCCGCUACCAACACACGGGGAAAGUCGUGAUAUUCAGGAAGAUCGCUGGGAGGUGGAAUCAGUGGGCCGAGGUCACGGGGUCACAGAUCGGCUCCUAUUUUGGGGCGACCGUCUGUGCCGUGGAUGUGGACAGAGACGGCAACACGGACCAGGUCCUCAUCGGGGCCCCCCAUCACUAUGAGGAAAAAGCUGGGGGGCUUGUGUCAGUCUGCCCCGUGCCCUUGAAGAGGGAGGGUUGGCAGUGCAAGUCCAUCCUCCAGGGCCAGCCUGGGCAGCCUCUGGCUCGUUUUGGGGCAGCCCUGGCCGUGCUGGGGGACACGAAUGGGGACGGGCUGACUGAUGUGGUGGUGGGGGCGCCUGGUGAGGAGGAGAACCGUGGAGCUGUCUACUUGUUUCACGGCGCGGCGCCAGCCCAGAUCAACCCUACCUACAGCCAGCGGAUUGGGGGCUCCCAGCUCUCUCCGGGGCUCCAGUACUUUGGACAGGCCCUGAGCGGGGGGCAGGACCUCACUCAGGAUGGACUGGUGGAUGUGGCCGUGGGUGCCCAAGGGCAGGCACUGCUUCUCAGGUCCCGGCCGGUGCUGAAAGUCGACGUUUCCCUGCGAUUCGUGCCCUCGGAGCUGGCACGGGCUGUGUUUGACUGUGGAGAGCAGACGGUCUCCCGCCGGGAAGCUGGGGAGGCAGAAGUCUGUCUCACCAUCCGCAAGACCUCGCGGGACCGGCUGGGUCCAGGUGACAUCCAGAGUUCUGUGACCUAUGACCUGGCCCUGGAUCCUGGACGUCUGAAGGCCCGUGCUGUUUUUGACCAGACGAACACCCGUACCCUGAGGUCACAGCGAAAUAUAGGACUGGGGAAGAGCUGUGAGGCCGUGAAGCUGCUGCUACCGGAGUGUGUAGAGGAGUCGGUGACCCCUAUCGUCCUGCGCCUCAACUUCUCCCUGCUGGGCCAGCCCAUCCCCUCGUCUGGGCAGCUCCGCCCCGUGCUGGCCGAAGGUUCUCAGGACCUGUUCACUGCCUCUCUCCCCUUCGAGAAGAACUGUGGUGCCGACAGCAUCUGCCAGGACGACCUCAGUGUCACCUUCAACUUCUCCAGCCAGCAGAGCCUGGUGGUAGGGACAUCCCCAGACCUGAACAUCACUGUGACGGUGCGCAACGAGGGCGAGGACUCAUACGGGACGCUAGUCACCUUCUCCUACCCCCCGGGGCUGUCCCACCGCCGGGUCUCCGUGCUCCAGGUGAGUCGGCCCCCACGAGCCCUGCGUCUCACCUGUGAGUCCGAGCGGCCGAGGAGCAGCAGCUGCAGCAUCAGCCAUCCCAUCUUCCGGGAGGGAGCCAAGGUCACCUUCCUGGUCACCUUCGACGUUCCACCCGCGGCCAACUUUGGUAACACUCUGCUCCUAACUGCCAAUGCCACCAGCGACAACAACAUCCCCAAGACCAGCAAAGCCUUCUUCCAGAAACAGCUGCCUGUCAAGUACGGGGUCAAUGUGGUUAUCAACAGCGGGGAGCAAUCCACGACCUACCUGAACUUCUCAGCGUCGGAGGAGAAGAACGGCCACGUGCUGCAGCACCAAUACCAUGUGAACAACCUGGGUCUCCGGAGCCUCAACGUCACUGUGACCUUCUGGAUCCCCUUGGAGCUGGACGGGCUGCCUGUGUGGACCACGCCAGAAGUUGUCCUCCCACAGAACUUCUCAACACAGUGUGUGAAUGACAGAGAAAACCCCCGGGACCCUGACUUCCGAUCCUUCCUCCAGCAGAGCCCCGACCUGAACUGCUCGGUCGCCGUCUGCCAGGUAAUCCGCUGCCCCAUCGCAUCCUUUCAAAUCAGAGAGGAACUCACCUUCACCCUCAAAGGCAACCUCAGCUUCGGCUGGGUGGGCCAGACGAAGCAGAAUCGCCUCUCAGUUCUGAGUUCGGCCGCGCUGAUCUUUGACACGGGGCGGUAUGCUCAGUUUCCUGGCCAGGAGGGAUUCCUGAUGGCCCAGGCGAAGACUGUGGUGGAGCGCUACGAGGUUUAUAAUCCUCUCCCCCUCAUCGUGGGCAGCUCCGUCGGGGGGCUGGUCCUGCUGGCGCUCCUCACUGCCGGCCUGUACAAGCUUGGAUUCUUCAAGCGGCAAUACAAAGACCUGAUGACUGAAGACACUCCAGCAGCUGGAGAGACCCCUGAUGUGCCUCCUCCUGAGUAGCUGCUGCCCUGCUCCCCAACUUCCUCCUGGAAAACCCAAGCCCGUUGUCCAGAGACCAAAUCAUUAGGGUUUCCCACCCUGGGGGUACGAAAGAUGAAUGGUUAUUUCCCUGCUCUGUGCUUUUCCAUGGGGGAAAUGAAGAACCUUGUAGGGAGUGUGUGUGUUUGGGGUG